AUGGUGAUCCAGGGUGGCAAGGCCGGCGAGGGGGUGGCGGGGAAAGGAGAGGGGACAGCAGCUCCGCAGGCUGUCGGCUCCCGGGUGGGCUUGGGCGGGAGCGGCGAAGGGCCGGCCGGGCCCGGCGCGGCUGCCGCCGGCAGAGAGGAACCGCCGCCGCCGGCCCCCCAAACCCUGCCGGGCUCCUGCUGCCCCGUCCCGGGAGCUGCCCCACCACCCCAGGCGGCGGGGGCUCCGGGCAACUCCGCCGGCACACCGGACGGGUGUCUGGCCACCACUGCCGGCACACCGGCGGGCACAUCGCGGGGGAAUCCGGGCAACUCCGCCGGCACACCGGACGGGUGUCUGGCCACCACCGCCGGCACACCGGACGGGUGUCUGGCCACCACUGCCGGCACACCGGCGGGCACAUCGGGGGGGAAUCCGGCCACCUCCGCCGGCACACCGGAGGGGUGUCUGGCCACCACUGCCGGCACACCGGACGGGUGUCUGGCCACCACUGCCGGCACACCGGCGGGCACAUCGCGGGGGAAUCCGGGCAACUCCGCCGGCACACCGGACGGGUGUCUGGCCACCUUCCCCGGCACAUCGGCGGCGGAGGGCUCGCGGUCCGCCGCCGCCCCCUCGACGUGGCCGCUGCGCUCGCGGUGCCGUCGCCUCCUCUCGCCGUGGACCGGCAACCCGCGCCGCUUCGCCGAGCCGGAGCCGGGCGCCGCCAUCCUGUCGUCCCAGCAGCUGGUCGUGAUCGAGGUGCUGGAGGUCGUCCUGGGCUGCUUUCAGGCGGCGCUGAGCUUCUACGCCGCGUCGCAGAGCAGCACCCCGCAGGUGAAGACCGCCUGUCCCCUCUGGACCGGACCCUCGGUAAUUUUAUGUGGAAUCCUGGGCUUACUGAAAUGGAGGAGAGGGAAUAAGUGUUUGACCUUUUUCCAGGCCAAAACAGUUGUUCAGUUUUUAUGCAGCACUUUUUCACGAUCCUCAUGGUUGAAUAAUUUUUUUCUUGUGGUGUCUGUCAUCUGUCUUGUGAUGAACCUGACUGGAAUUAUAUUGGCAAGUCAAGGAGUUCAGUUUGUGACCGGAGUACCCAGAUGCAAUUUGGUGCAAAUAGAUAAAAGGAAGAUUUGUGUCUGCUGUGAAGAAUCUCAGCUCACUGAGUGCACAGAAGAGAGUGGGCUGAAGCUGUACCACAUGAAGUCAUGCAGUACUGCUCAACUUUUUCUCAAGAAAACACUCUUUGUUCUUUGCUUCCUGAAUGCUCUCUCCACCAUGGUUUGCUUGUUGGUGACUGUCCUGCAUUGCAUACAGUUUUUUUCACCAAUGGAGUCCUCCAUAGUUGUAUCUCAGUUUGAAAACCAAGCUCAUGUUUUGGAUCCUGAUUAUUUUGUCCCACCUGUGCCACCCCCCUCCUAUUUUGAAAAUUGUACUUCAAGCACACAUAGCAGGAUGUCUGGCUGUGAAGAGACUCAAUUGACCCCUAUUUGUGAAAGAUCAAUAGAAGGCACUGAAGUGUUCUACCCUGUGGACCCACAUCCUCCUUGUCGGAACAGCUCUGUGCAGGAAGAUGAACUAUGGGGAAAUGUGGACGAUGUUGAUUCAGAUGAAGUGAGUGACUGGCAAGACAGUCAAGGUGAAGGAAUUCCUGAGUCUUCCAGCAGAGAGAGCCUUUCAACUUCAAAUUCAGACCUGGUGCUUGCAGAAGGAGAGAACAGGAGUGACUCCAGUCCCAGGCAGAAAAGGUCUGAAAGUGACCUUGUGCUGCAGCAGUCAUUGAUUCAAGGGGUAGUGCUCGGCUGUGAAGCUGCAAUGCAGGCUGAAGGAAACCCACAACUUGUUGCUGCCACCUUGCAGAAGAGUUUGAGUGCAGGAGAUUUGAGGGGAAGAUCCCAGACUGAUGCUAACCAGCUUUUGGGAAUGGCACCUGCUCAGCAAGCAAUGCUAUUGCGUGUCCCUGUGUCACCUUUCAGACUGCAUUCUGAAUUGCUGCACCUGGACAGCUGUGGUGACCUGAGUACUUUCACCAUACGUGAAGAUCAGCUGGCAGAAGAGCAUCCAAAGAGCAAAGGAUAAAUGGCCUCACGGUCUUAUUGGCAUUGUCAGGGAAACCAUACUUUGAGCUGGUUUCUGUGUAGUUGUCCGUAGAGAACUUCUGUCAGACAUAUAUGUUACCCAGGAAAAUAAUUUCUGACAGGUGGGUGGAAGAGUGUGUCAGUAAUCCAUUUCUUUAAUACCCUCACACUCAGACUGAUAAGGAGAAAUUUAUCCUACAAAGUCUGUGAGGCAGACUGCAAGCUGGCCUUUAUUGAUCUCUCAGGUGCAACUAGUCUGUGAUAAUGGUACAGUCUUGUUGCAUCUCUCUAGUCUGUCACCACUUAAGAUGGAUUUGCUUUUUUAACUCAGUUUACAAGAGAGGUGGCAGAAUGGGUCUGUGCGUUGGUUUACCAGGGUGAGGCAAGGCCAGUUAAUUGAUGUGUACACUUUGAAUCUUACUGGAGAACAGGGCCAGUGACAAUGCCUGUGUUCAUCUGGUGUGUGUUACUGUAGCUCUAUUAUUUUUUUUUUUUUUCUUUUUUGGACUGCAAUAUAUCAAUUUAGUUCCUUGUAGAAGUUCCUGUUAUGUACCCACUACCAUCCAUACAGGAAACAUGUACACAGCCAUCUCAAAUCCUCUGCAGAUGUGCAGGUGACUACCUAACAUUGUUGUAGCAAUCUUAACCACUAGACUACAGUGAUCCAUGAAUUGACACCCUCUGGCUAAUAAAUGAAUGUAUAUGCCAGUUGGCUCAAGCUGUUGACUGCAAAUAGUUUGUUAAGCUUUGUUCUAUAUGUAUGUUGCUGAUGCAGAACAGAACACACUAAGUAUUUCCAGAGGCUGGGAUCAGGCACAUGAUUUUUAGUUGGAAGACUAGUAGUAGCCUUCAGUGUCUCAGCAGGAUGGCUAAAUAUUCCUGGUGCUAUUUUAACGAUAAGGCUUCAUUUCAGAACUUUUAAACAGCUUUCCCAGUAGAUUAAAAUAAAAUAAAAGUCGCUUUUAUUUAAGCUUGUUCAGUAGUUGAAACUGCAUUAUAGCUUGAUUCACUAAAAACGAUAACUUUAAUAAAAUAAAUGCUUAUCUUUAUGCUGGAAUUGGUGUUUUUUUCACUGUCUAGUAGAGGAAAUACAUUAGGACUAUUGAACUUGCUGGAGCACUGGCCUGUUGGAAAAAGUUGCUCUCAAGAAUAAGAGCACAGAAAGUAAAAAUUGAGGGGGUUUGUCUUGGAGAAGAAAGAAAACACAAGAACACACUGCUUCAUUAUGCUAGCUUUUAUGUCAGCUCUGUUACAUAUUUUGCAAUUCUGUAUCACAUUUAAAACUCCCAACUCUCCUUGUUACAUGCAUCAUCUUCAGUGGGAGUUCUUUCAGACGUUUAGUAUUAGCUUCUGUUUCCCAGUCAAUCAUUGCCCUUCCAAAACCAGGUUGUGGAAAGCUCUGUGUACCCCAUCAUUGUAAACUGUACUUCCAGUAGCCCCUGACAGCUCUUACCUUGCUGUCACACUCCCUGCAAUCCUACUGGGAGAAAAGUCUGCAAAGGUCCCGGGUCUCUGAGUCACGAUGUAACACAGGCUUAUGCUUUGGAAGACUUGGUCACAAUUCAGUUAGUGGCUUAUUAUGCCAGUGGAACAGGACUAAUCUGAGCUGAAGCUAUCAAGCCAUUGACAGUGCUUCAAAAGGCAGGUAUGUUUCAGGUAACAGCAGAGGAAAAAACCUGAUUUUAAUAAAUUAUCUGCUUACCAUUGCUGUUUAUUUCUAAUUGACCAGGCAAUUACUCCAGGAUGAGUGCCACAAUUAUUUAUGAAACCUAUCAAUCAAGUUAUUACCCAGAUAAACUGUUUCCUUAGUGACCCGCACAAAACACAACAUGUUUUUUAGCGGGUUAUGCUUUAACAGACACUAAGAGAAAUGGUGUGGCAUCCCAGCUGUUCCGCCAGAAGAAAAGAUACCAAAAAAAAAUAUAUAUAUUCAGAGUUAGCAAUUUUUCUGAACAAUAUUCACCUUUCUGUUAACCCAGGCUUCUCUGAAAGCCAUGUUCCCUGUCCCAGGGGAGUGUUUGGGAGCACUGACAGCCAGCUCUAUGACCAGGGUACCCUACGGGUCUCACUUCAUUUGGAGGAUGCCCAAGACAAAGCACUUUACGUCAGAGUGGGUGUCUCUCUGUUCUCCACGUACCUCAUGUAACAUACCCGAAAAUUUUGUAGCUGACUCAGUGUGUAAAAAACAAGCGAACGCUGAUAUUUCUUGGAGGCUGGCCUGAACACCAAGCAGGCUGGUUUCUGUAGCCAGGCUGUGCUGUAUUCUGCACCAGUAAUUUGACAACCUUACUGGCUAUGGACUGGACCGGCAGGUCCUCGCCAACUGCAAGGACUAUAUGUCACUCAGGAUUCUGCGUUACCCACUAGUGCCCAGCCCCUUCAGCCACUACACCCAAUACUGCACCUCAACUGCCAUGAAUUUACAGCCACCCCCCCACACCUCUCUGACCACGGCUCACAGAGUCAGAGAAGAUGAAAGAAAUACUUUCUAGCUAAGAAGCAAAUCUACUGCAAAAUAAUGCUCUUGCAAACUGAAUAGCUUUCCAAGAUACAAGCUGUGUUUCUCUACUGGCAUUAGAACAGUAACAUCGCAAGUUUCAAAAAAAUGACAUACCGGUACACCCAAGCAAUGUAGCAAGAUUUGAUUUAAUUAUCUUCAUGCACUGAGACGCAUAGUACCAUAGCCAGGUUUUUUUUUUUUUUUUUUUUUUUCCUUAGUCAGGAUCUCA